GUCGUCACUGGCGGACGGGGAUGUGUGUCUGCGGACUCCAGCGACUCCAACUGGAACAGCGGCAACGUUUUGUACCUGAGGAACUGCAGUCUGAGCUAUGCCUAUGUGUGCGAGGUGAACUCAACUGCUGCAGUCUGGAGUCCCUGGGGCUCGUGGAGCAAGUGCAGCGCCACCUGUGGUUUCGGCAUCAGAACGAGGUCUCGCAAUUGCACCGCAGGGUCGCGGUGGUCUACAGCCAAGUGUUCUGGGACAUCGAGCGAACAGGAGCAAUGCCAAGCGCCAGACUGCCCAGCGUCCGAUUCAACAUGGAGCACAUGGACGGCAUGGAGCGCGUGCUCCGUUACGUGUGGGCAAGGUCAAAAGUCGAGAUCUCGCUCCUGCGGAAAUUCUACCCUGGAAAACCAAUCAUGCCCCGGAAAUAAUAAUGAGACAACAAACUGUCAGAUUCAGAGCUGUCCAGAGUGGUCGGACUGGGGCUCGUGGGGAAGCUGCAGCGAAACCUGCGGGGAAGGGGAGAGAACCCGGCCUCGAUCGUGUACCACGGGCGAUAACAAAGACUGCAGCGGCACCCAAGAAGACAAGGAAGCCUGUAAUUUAGGCCAGUGUUCCGGUCACGUGACAGCGGGGAGGUGGGCAGAGUGGAGUCCAUGGACAUCGUGUAGCAGCACGUGCGGCAAGGGUAACCGCACGCGAACGAGGUCUUGUGUCCAGGAAGACGGCACGCCAUCUAGCGGCUGCAAUGGUCCGCAGUCCUCGGUGGUAACCUGUGUCCCACAAUGCCCAGGUCUCAGUAAAGCUGAGUUUGUGCAAGCCAUACAGUCUGAUCUAGACGAUGAGACGACCCGCAAAGCCAUGGCCUGGGCCAAAGAGACUUCCAAGAGGAGAGAAAACGUCUUCAACACCAAGGGCGUCAGGGAUUACAGAAUUACUGGUCACGUGAUUCAGACCUUCUCGGUGUCGUCGAAGGUUCGCUGUGCUAUGAAAUGCCUGAGCUUCGACUCUUGCGGCUCGUUCAACUACGAAUACAACUCCGAUGGGAAUGGACUGCACACAUGUCAGAUAAACUCAGCGUCGAGUGAAGUGGCCAAAGCCAACUUGCAAAAGCAACCAGGAUACAUCUUCUACGACUACUCCAUGUUCACUCCAUUUCAAGUGAACGGCAACUGAAUGUGUGAUACCCGGGUACAGCAGGUUUCGUUUGUGUGUGUGCAUCAAGUGAACUUACUCUCUACAGUUGGCUCGAACACAUAUCCCACGUAUUCUGUUGGAUCAUCUAGAAACUCUCAUCUGUAUAUCCAUUGCGAGAUCGAGUUGCCCUUAAACUAUCGGCCUCCCUAAGUUUGCUAGAAGUUUCUCGAUGUCAAGAAUAAGGUACCGGAGACAAGACAUGUUAAAGUCUUGCCAGUUGCAAGGAGAAGCGUGGAUAUCGAUUGAUUGAUUAAUUAAUGGAUGGAUGGAAGAUAGGCCAAGAACGUGCGGCUGAAAGUUUCCUUUUUCAAGGACGUUGUGAAAAGAAAGGCGGGAUAGGGGUGAUGUACCCCUUUUCCCGCCUUCUUUACUUUGCUCCAACGUCCAACCCAGGAGGAGGACUGUCCACAUCCGGACAAGUAAUUCCGGAGCGGUGUAACAGGAAGUCAGAGACUGUGGUUAAGAGCCGGAUGUUGAGGGAGUGGCGGCGCUUAAAGGCGCUAAUCGAACGUCGCUCGAUCUCACGUCAGUGUGAAUAACGGCCCCUGAAAGACGCAGACUCUCGUGAAACAACAGACACCACGAGACUUUCCUCACGUGCCUCAUGCUCACCACUCCGCCUGUCCACCCGCAUUCUAGACGUCUACCUUUCUGUACAUAACAAGAAAGCUACCCAGUUUCCACAAACACUUAUGCAGCUAGCAUCAAAAGAAACAAUUUCCGUGCAAGCAACACACUUUCAACAUCCGCCAUUAUCUUCGGUGAAUUAACGAUAACAGUCUCCUGUCCUUGAAGCAGCAAAUCCCUCAGGCUGUGGUCUGUGCAGUUUCAUCUAAGCACGGGUGUGAAGCCUGUAACUAACGCUAGAUCGUCAGUCGUGUGUUUUACCAUAGAAGAACACGUGACUAGUGUGAUGACGUCAUGAUUGUGCGCGGCUCACGGCAGGGCUGUGGUUGGCUGUCUUACUCGCGAUGAACUCAUAAUAAACGAGUAAGCACUAGUCACGCUCAGUGGUUUCCGUUCUGACGACUUCGUGUCUAUUUUGUUGUGUUUAUCGCUUUUGAGAAAGUCCCGGGGUCAGCGGAUUCAACUUCGCACUUAAUAAAUCACACCGUCGACUGAACACUUCUGUGACAAACCUCCAUUGACUAAAGUGAAUGCCGUAGGACUUGUUUGGCGAUGGAUACUAUCUAAGGAAAACACUCUCGUCCCCAAUUCAAGAAUGUUUGUUCCAAAUGACAGACAAAAUUACGAUGACCCCGGUGAGAGGGCAAAAGAGUGAAGGGAGAAAGCUGUUGAGGGCAAAUAGGGGCACUGUGCCCUAGUUCGACUCGUAUCAACGAGACAAUCGACACUGUGAUUUGUGACAAACACACUAGUCUGGACAUGUGACAGUUGUUGGAGAACUGAAUGCCUUAAUAGUAACAUUAUUCGGAAAGGCUCCAUAAAUUGUUUAGAUGCUCAAGACAUUUUCUAGGAAGAAAAAAUGCCCAACCAAACAACGGAAUUUAGAAGACAACAACACUUAGAAGUAUGUGUUCUUAGUCGAUAUACGAGCAGAGCAGAAAAAACUAGCUUACAAUCUGCGGUGAUAUGGUUUCCAUCACACGAGGCAAAUAGGACAUUCCUCGUGCGGUCGCAGACUAGCUGCCCAGCUGGUGUUGCAGAUUAGGUGACCUAGAAAAUAGGCAGCCAUGUGUAAAGGCUAACACCAGUGUAAAAAUAUUUUCUGAUCAAACAGCUGAAUUCAUUAGGAGACAAUGAUUCCAGAAAUCGGAACAAAACAAACAAACAAACCAAAAAAUAAAUUAAAAAAAAAAAUAAUCGUUUACGAGACCUCAACCGUAAGCAUCGCCAUUCUCAGCGAGGUUUUGGAAAGAGGUCAAGAGGUCAUUUUCUACGACAUUAGCUGCAGCCUUCAUUGUCUCCAGCAGCCAGAAUUUAGGUCAAUAGCCACUUGCUUUUCGAAAAGAAACAUUCGCUAUACAUUUUUAUCAAAUGAAAAGCAUUUCACAUAUAGGCCUUACAUUUAUGUGAUCUAAGCUCUCUACCGUUGGUUGCACCCUUGACUGUGUAAACAGAUUUAACUUCAUCUUUGAUUGCACGUGCUUGACCUCUUUCUGUGGCUUCCUUCCGAGGGGCGUAUCGAAGGCUGUUAUUUAUUACAAGUUUGGGAAAUAUUAUUUUGUUUUGAUUUUGAUCUUGAUAUUUUAAAUAAGUGCACCACACUAGGCCCAUAAUUUCUGAAGUUCAUCUUUAAUUUCGACGACACCGGUUAUCAACCGCUACAUGUUAUGUGUGUCGGGAACCCGUUGUAGUCACAGUGUCACCCAGUUAGAACACAUUGCACGUGUGCCCCGCACUGCACGCUCUUUUUACCUCGUAGCCAGAGUGGAAAGAGAGGCUCCAGUCGAGUCUUUUUGGAAAUAACAGUACAAAAAGGAAGAGAGACUUGUGGAAGAAAGAAAGAAAAGACAGGGAAAGAAGGCAGGGCAAAAAGAGUUUUCAUAAUCAUGACUGGGGGCAUUCAACACCAAAUGUACAGCAAACAAAUACGCAAAUUAAAAAAAUUACAUAAUUAAAAUGGUAUAUACUACACAUAUACACAUAAAGCAAGAGUAAAAAUAACAUCAAACAGAUAUCGUUUAUGUAGUAUGAACUAAAAAUAGGCGUGUAUAAUUUCUAAAAAUGUCUGCUCUUCUGUUAAU